CUUAUAUAUAUACUUGGGAAUACUUUUCAGAAGCAGGACAAGAGGGUAGGGACACCACCAUCGAGAUGGCCUGAAAGGAGGAAGAAACCAGAGGGAGAGAGGAGAGAAGUGAUCUGAGCCAUAUAAAAGGAUCUACAUGCAUGCAACAUCAGUCCCCCUCUCUCUCUAUCUCUCCACUUCAUCAUCACCAUCUUCAUCGUCUCCAGCUCCAUCUUCCCAUCUCAUGGACUCGGCGUUCCUCCUUGAUGGAGAUGCUCGAUCCAACCUCCUCCACCUCAUUGCCCAGUCGUUUGGUUGCAGAUACAUCUGUCUCUGGUCUUACUUAUCUCCCAAUAGCUGUUUGUGCUACUUGGAUGGUCUCUUCGAGGAAGCUGCGAUUGGGGGUAAUGGAAACAACAUUCAACCCAGGAGACUUUUUGACGAGUAUAGGCAGUCUCUGUUCAUCCUUCGUCAGAACAGCAGCCACACCCAAGUCCCAGGAUUGGCCUUCAGGAACAGCAGCCCCUACCUUGAAUUCAGAGAGGAAGACCUUUCAAGAUUGGCCUCCAACUCUUGUCAAAGACAAUUCUAUCAAGAAGCAAGCAUCAAGGUUGCAGUAUUCAUGGGAUGCAGGAGUGGAGAGAUUGAGCUAGGCUUCUCCAACAUACCUCAGGUUGACUUAGAAAUGCAGAUGAUGAACUUGUUCCCAGAGGAUUUCUCGAGACAAAUAGCGAUGCGCGAAUUGGCCCAAGCGACUGAACCGAACACUACCGCUAUGACGAAUCCUCCUUCGUCUUCCUCGUCGUCUCUAAGAUCGCUCUCCAUGGACAGCCCCGAAUACUCUUCUCUUCUCUUCAGCAUACCCACCACUACCACAAGUUCCUUCAUUAACCCGGAAUUAGCCCUCAGAGACCCUCCAAUUGUAGAGAAUAUUACCACACAGCCGUUGCCACUUAUAACCACCACCGAUACUCCUGGUUCUAGUACAACUGGUACUAGUCCUCACCCAUUGCAAGCCAUGCAAGGCUUCGCAAGAUCGCUCGGGAACAUUCAGUUCCCGAUUGUUCCUGAGAGCGAACACGCCGCUAUGACGAGAGCCUUCCUUGCAGUUCUAUCAUCGCCUUCUUCAUCUACUUCUUCGUCACAACUACAGCAACAACAAAUGAAUGUCGAAAAUCCGAGACCGACCGCGUUCAGGAGGUAUACGCCGGCGUUGCUUCCGAGACCGCAGAGCAAGCACGGCCUUCAGAAGCACAGCAUGCUCAAGCGGGCAAUCUCGUACUGUCGGAGCAUGAACUUGCUGCGGAUCCGCGACCGGUUGCAAGGCGGGAGCCGACCACCGUCGACCACUCAGCUCCACCAUAUGAUGUCGGAGAGGAAGCGGCGCGAGAAGCUCAACGAGAGCUUCGUCGCAUUGAGAUCGCUUCUUCCUCCUGGAACCAAGAAAGACAAAGCAUCCUUGCUCGCGACCACGAGGGAGUACCUCGGCUCGUUGAAGGAACAAGUCGAGGAUCUCCGUCGGAAGAACGCCAUUCUCGAAGCCCAACUCCUGCCGCCGACUGAACCCACGGGCGGCGGCGGGGAGCCGAGCGGGCCGCCGAGCGACCGCUCCAGGGUCGACGUUCGAACGAGGACCGUCUCGGAGUCGACGUCGCAAGACCGGACCGUGGAUCUGCAGGUGACCGUGAGGGGAGACUGCUCGGCAUUGAAUCUGGUGAUCCGAAUCCUCGAGUUCUUGAGGCAAGUGAGGAACGUGAGCCUGAUGUCCAUGGAAUCCGACACCCAAGUCCACGAAUCGAACAUCGUCAAUCGGGUCAACUUGAGACUAAACGUUGAGGGAGGCGAAUGGGACGAGGCGGGCUUCCAGGAAGCGGUGAGGAGGGUGGUUGCUGACCUGGCACAAUGACCAUUCUCCCUCCGCCGUCGGAUUCGAUCCGAUCUGAGCUUUUUUUUUUUCCAAAGGAGGAGUAGGAAGUAGUUACACCGUGCGGCGGCACACCCACGGUAUUUGACACUGCCAGCCCCAUCUCCGCCGCUCAUCAAGUCGGCCGCUGCUCAAUCUCGGCCGUCCAUUUUUGCUCACUUCAAAAUUGAUCAACGCAAGAUUUCGUGAUUCUCCUCUUCUUUCUCCUUUCUUCCUUUGUCAAGCGUUUCUAGUGCUUACUAGUGGAGUGCCGCCCUUCUGAUUUUGUAGCCAUAAUAUAGUUUUUU